AUGGAUCGAAGAAAAUUAGCUGCAUUAUUGAUGCUUCCAAAUGAUAAGGCAUUAGAAUAUUUUUGUACAUGCUUUAUAGUUGUCGGGUUUAUGUACAUGUAUGUAGCAAUGCGAUUGAGAAAUGAUAGAGGUGCUAGGAAUCGAAUAAAUAGGAAUACCGAGUUGCGUACAUCUUUUGUAACUAGUUUGUUGGACAAUGAUGUUAACUGUAUUAGUCAACUUAGGAUGGAUAGGAGAACAUUUGGUAUUUUAUGUCAGUUAUUACGCCAUGAUGGAUAUGUUAAAAGAGAUGGUACUGUUACAUUGGAAGAGCAAGUGUGCAUAUUUUUGCAUAUAAAUGCUCAUCAUACAAAGAACGGCACAAUUAUCACUAGAUUCAAUAGAUCGGGGGAAACAGUUAGUAGAUAUUUCGAUUCAGUGUUGAAUGGAGUGUUACGUUUACAUGGGACAUUGUUGAAGCAUCCUGAACCUGUGUCAGAUAAUUGUUCGGAUGAUAGAUGGAAAAUAUUUAAGAAUUGUUUGGGAGCAUUAGAUGGAACUUAUAUUAAGGUUAAUGUACCCGAAAUCGAUAAGCCGAGAUAUCGAACCAGGAAGGGUGAGAUAGCCACAAAUGUCUUAGGUGUAUGUAACCCAAAUAUGGAAUUCAUAUUUGUAUUACCUGGUUGGGAAGGUUCCGCUUCAGACUCAAGAGUACUUCGAGAUGCAUUAAGUAGGCCAAAUGGAUUAAAAGUAUCCACCGGUAAGAGCAAUCCUUAA